UAAUAAACAAAUAAACCCAUUUAUCUUUGUAGUUUUUCUGUUCCAUGAAUCAGAAGCUACCAUGGCUUCGAAUUCGAUUCUUUGUUGCUCUUCCCAUUUAAAUCCCAGCCUAUUCGUCGUCGUUUUCUGCUUAUUCGUCCACUGCUAUUCGUAUGGCGAACAGGGGCCGUACAACAGCUUCACUGUCUCCAGCUUCAGCUACCCGCCAACCACAAUUGGACCCUCUGGAUUUCGAUAUAUUAGAGUUGAAAUGCCACCAUGGUUCUCGUCGAUAGCAAUGAAUUCGAACGUGGAACUUGCUGCUGGAGACAUAGAAAAGGUUCCUAAAGUUGAGUUACCAUUGAUUUGCUUCCGAGCUGGUAGCCUCCCACUGCCGUAUGUUAACACUUCUCUAGUGAAUUCAGCAGUUCUCGCUCCCCUCUACAAUGGUUCCUAUAAGGGAAUACAAGCUCUUCAGAGUUCACAGCAGUGCUAUCCUAUGCAAAAGAAUUUUACACUCAAGUUGACAAAUGAGCAGAUUUCUCCAGGAGUUUGGUAUUUCGGUCUUUUCAAUGGAAUUGGACCUACAAGGACACAAUCAAAGAUGAUUAAUCGCGCCCCAUCAUACUCAUUCAGUGCCAAUAUCACUGUGGAAGGAUGUACGACCCUAACCAUGUGGGGCCCAGACUGCAAUCAGACAAUUAACACACUUUCAUGUGCUCAAUCUAACAGUUACAGUGCUGCAGACAAUUCUUCAGAAGCUGGUUUGUAUAACCAAACAAUUGAAUAUGUAAUUUCAUGUAAAAACAAUUUUGGCACUUGUCAUGGAGAUGGUGAGCCCAAAUUCUACUCUUUGGAUGUAGUGGGAGUAUCACACGAGUUGAAAAUUUUGGCGAAGGAUGUUUGGUUAAAUGUAACAUCUUCAGAUAACACCAAGAAUGUUAGUGAUAUUAAUUUAAUGUUUUAUGCACGGCAUGGUGCAUUACCUACAGAAACUGUGCAUGACUAUUCCAGUAAUAUAAACAAAUCCUCAUUGGUCAUUCAAUUUCCAAAGGUCGGUCGCUGGUAUGUUACUGUUUUACCUCUCAACGUUUCAAAAGAGCUUGAAGGGAGUCUGGAUACUGACACAAAAGUUUGUUAUUCCUUGGAAUCAAAACUGCUUGAAUGUCCGGAGGGCAAGGCCGGAGCAAAUUGUACAUGGGAAAUGUACACCCUUCAGACAUCACUGAGGAAAGGUUCAAGCUACUUUGAAUACUACUAUUUACUCAUCAGUGAAAAAGUACCUCCUGAGUCAGCCAAUUUUCCUCUUGAUCGUCUUUUAACCAACUCCUCGCAUGGCGGACAACCAGAAGAAACAUGGACUUACUUUGUGAUGGACAUUCCCCGUGGAGCAGCUGGAGGACAUAUGCACAUUCGAUUAAACUCUGAUGACAAGGUUAACUAUGAAGUAUAUGCUAGAUACGGUGGAUUACCAUCUCUUGCUAGCUGGGACUAUUUUUAUUCGAACAGGACAAGCAGUAGCCAUGGCUCCAUGUUUUUUAACUUAUAUAAUUCAAGUGAAGACAAGGUCGAUUUUUACAUUUUGUACAUUAGAGAAGGAACUUGGGGUUUUGGUCUAAAGCAUCUCAUCACCACCAGUGAUGCUUCGAAAGUUCCGACUAUCAUGUCUGUUUCCCUUGAAAGAUGCCCGAGAAGGUGCUCUUCACAUGGAAAAUGCGAAACUGCGUUGGAUGCUAGUGGAUUGGCAUCAUACAGCUUCUGCUCAUGUGAUCCAGAUCAUGGUGGCUUUGACUGUAGCAUUGAACUUGUAACACCUCAUGGGCACGUAUGGCAAUCCAUUUUUCUUAUUGCGUCAAAUGCUGCAGCAGCACUUCCUGCAUUUUGGGCCCUUCGACAGAAGGCAUUGGCAGAGUGGGUGAUAUUUACAUCUAGUGGAAUUGCAAGCGGAAUAUAUCAUGCAUGUGAUGUGGGAACCUGGUGUCCUCUGGCUUUUGGUGUCUUACAGUUCAUGGACGUCUGGCUUUCUUUCAUGGCCGUAGGGAGCACAUUUGUGUACCUAGGCACAGUUGAGGACGAUCUUAAGAGAGCAUUACACACAGCCGUUGCACUUCUUACUGCACUCAUGGUUUAUACUAAGGCCAGAAGGCCGGGGAAUAUUAUUCUAGUUAUAGUAAUUGGAACCAUUGCUCUUCUUAUUGGGUGGCUGAUAGAAUUGUCAACCAAGUUUAGGUCAUUUUCAUUUUCGACCAGAUUCUCCUUAAAUAUGCUUGAGAGGUGGGUAUCCUUGGAACGACUCCAAGCUGUUAACGGAUGGCUCAAGAAUCUCAUUAAGACAACUUUUAGAAGAUUUCGCUGGGGUUUUAUACUUGCAGGUUUAGUAGCAUUAGCCAUUGCAGCAAGUAGCUGGGUACUGGAAACCAAUGAAAGCUACUGGAUUUGGCACAGCAUUUGGCACAUGACAAUAUAUACAUCUUCCUUCUUCUUCCUAUGCUCAAAAGAAAGUCCUGCAAGUACGGUAGAUACUGAGAAUCAGAUACCACCGACUGGAGCCUAUGAAUUGACUCGACAAGAUUCAUUUUCAAGAGGUGAGUAACGAGAAGAGUAGUACGGGAAAUUUUGCAGGGUUAAGGUUAUAAGAAAAAGAGAUUUUUUUUUUUUUUUUUUUUUUUUUUUUUUUACUGCCAAGAGAGAAUGUUUUGGGAGAUGGGAGGUUUGUGAAUAUCUUACUGGAUAGAUAGGAAGUAUUAUGAGUUGGAGAAAGAUGAGAAAGUUAUUGAAGGGCCUUGGUGGAAACUAAAGUAGGGACUGAGUGAUUUCUAACCAAGUACAGACUGAGUAACGCUAAAUCAACUGGUCAUGUACCCUUUGUAAUUGUAAUCAUAAUAUGUUCGUAUAUCUAAUAAGGAAUACACUCAUGUCGAA